UUCCGAUCUAUUACAAGUGGCGUGCCUAACACCGACUGGUCUUCGGACGAGGGGUACGUGGAUAGCGCGGACGAACUACCUGCCCUUGUAAGUGACAGUAGUGAGGGCGACCUGCCGCAGCAUACCACCUCCCAUACGCAAUCCCCAGCACAGUCAAUGCGAUUCAUACGUCGAGCCAUAUACUUGGGCAACACAGCGAAUACGGAUAGACCUACGAAGUGCCAACCAGUAGGUAACGUAGCCAUCAAAUGCUGUUAA